GCCAUGGACAACUACGACUCGGACUCGUCAGCGGGAGACGAUAUCGAGACCAAUGUGUUGCUAGGAUAUGCUUCGAAGGAACCCACGAGCGACGACUUCAGCCAGCUUGGAGGACAUCCAACAUGGCUCGACGGCAAGACUGCACCAUCCGGCGAGUUGGCAAAGUGUAAAGUCUGCAAUGGUCUCAUGAACCUCCUCCUACAAAUCAAUGGCGAUCUCCCCGAUCGGUAUCCUGGACAUGAGAGGAGACUGUACAUCUGGGCGUGUCGGCGGAAACCAUGCAGGCGGAAGGAGGGAAGUGUGAGAGGGUUUAGGGCAACGAGACAGACUGGGAUCGAGGCCUCGGUGUCAAAAGUAGCGCCAAAAGAGACGGUCGAGCAGGCUGCUUCCACACCCAAACCACAAGUCGACCUUGGAGAGAGCUUAUUCGGAGUCAAGCGAAGCGGAGGAGGAAACGCAAACCCUUUCUCUACUUCAACAAACGGCAACGGUGCAUCAAAUCCGUUCGCAGGCACAUCAACACUCACCGCGAAACCAUCCCAAAAGCCCGCCGAAGCAGACACCACGCUCCCGGAAACCUUCGCCCAGAAAGCCCGAAUCUCCUCCCCCGAACCUACCACACCAUCAGCAUCUUCAACGAAAUCCUCCAUACCCUGGCCCGACCACUCCACCUUCCCAGACCCCUAUCCCUCCUACCACCUUGACGCCGACAAAGAAUGGAUAGACCCAACCCCAACUACGACGGUCCCUCCUCAAACCCGCCUCGACGUGGACUCCGAGGGUGGUAGCAGCAGCAGCAGCAGCACGGACGUCAAAGAAGCUUUCGAAAGCAGCAUGGACAAGACAUUUCAGAAGUUCGCCGAUCGACUGGCACAAAAUCCGGAACAAGUUCUACGGUACGAAUUUGCGGGUCAGCCGUUGUUGUAUUCUGAUACGGAUGCUGUUGGGAAGUUGUUGGCGCCGGAGCAGGGUGAUGCGAACGUCAAGGUCAAAGUACAGGGGAAUGGCAAUAAGAGCUUUAUGCCAAAGUGUGCAAACUGUGGGGCGGGGAGGGUGUUUGAGCUGCAGCUUACGCCGCACGUUAUUGAAGAAUUGGAGGCGGAUGAGAUGUCCAUUGAUGGCAUGGACUGGGGCACGAUCAUCCUUGGCGUUUGUAGUAAGGACUGCGGUGAGAAGGGCAAAGGCGAGGGAGAAGUGGGAUAUGUGGAGGAAUGGAUUGGCGUGCAGUGGGAGGAAUUGGCCAAGCAGCAACGGCCGGCAUGA